AUGGCCGACAGCAGCAGCCCCCCGCUGACGUCCUAUAUCAUGGACGAGGAGACUCUGAAGAGAAAACAGAAGGAGAAGCUGAAGAAGCUGAUGGCUACAGGGGGAAACCCCCGACCUGCUCGCUCCCUCCUCUUCCUCACACUGAGGAACCCGUUCAGGAAGGCCUGCAUCAGCAUUGUCGAGUGGAAACCUUUUGAGAUCAUCAUCCUGUUAGCCAUCUUUGCUAACUGCGUUGCUCUGGCUGUAUAUCUGCCCAUGCCAGAGGAAGACAGCAACAACACCAAUAGCAACCUGGAGAGUCUGGAGUACAUCUUCCUCAUCAUUUUCUCCAUCGAGUGUUUCCUGAAGAUCGUGGCGUACGGAUUUCUCUUCCACGCAGAUGCUUACUUAAGAAACUGCUGGAACAUUCUGGACUUUGUUUGUGUGUCUGUCGGCUUGUUCACAGUAGCGGUAGAUGCCAUUAACCACCUAAGUGGGGUGGAGGCUCCGGUGGGAGAAAAAGGUGGAGGUUUUGACAUGAAAGCUUUGAGAGCGUUCAGAGUCCUCAGACCUCUCAGACUGGUUUCUGGAGUCCCCAGCCUGCAGGUGGUGAUGAACUCCAUCCUGAAGUCCAUGCUCCCUCUCUUCCACAUCACCCUGCUCGUCCUCUUCAUGGUCACCAUUUACUCCAUCAUGGGCCUAGAGCUCUUCAAGUGUAAGAUGCACAAGACCUGCUACUACACCGGCACAGGCAUUAUAGCCACAGUAGAAAAUGAGAAGCCCUCUCCGUGCGCUCAGGCAGGAAAUGGUCGUCGGUGUUCGAUAAACGGCACGGAGUGCCGAGCUGGUUGGCCCGGUCCGAACCAUGGGAUCACACACUUUGAUAACCUGGGUUUCUCCAUGCUGACCGUGUACCAGUGCAUCACCACGCAGGGUUGGACCGACGUCCUGUACUGGGUGAACGAUGCCAUCGGGAUGGAAUGGCCCUGGAUCUUUUUCACCACACUCAUCCUUGUGGGAUCAUUCUUUGUCCUAAACCUGGUUCUAGGAGUGCUCAGUGGAGAGUUCACGAAGGAGCGUGAGAAGGCGAAGUCUCGAGGAGAGUUUCAGAAGCUGAGGGAGACUCAGCAGCUGGAUGAAGAUCUGAAGGGUUACAUGGAGUGGAUCACUCAGGCUGAAGUGAUGGACAACGACCAGGAGGGGCAGGGUCUGCUGGACACAGAAAAUGGCGGCUCAGAGACAGGAAGUGUCAGUAAGAUGGACACCAUGCAGCUCAUCGUUUAUUACUAUAAACUCGCUCGUAAGUGGAACCGCUGGCUUCGCCGGCGAUGUCUUGUUUACGUGAAGUCGAGACUUUUCUAUUGGUGGGUCAUCAUGCUCGUCUUCUUCAACACGCUCGCCAUUGCCACCGAACACCACCAACAGUCUGAACGACUCACCAACUGGCAAGAUAAUGCUAACAAGCUGCUGCUGUCCAUGUUUGCUCUGGAGAUGCUGAUGAAGAUGUACGCUCUGGGUCUGCCCUCGUAUUUCAUGUCUCUGUUUAACCGCUUCGACUGCUUCGUGGUGUCGACAGGAAUCAUGGAGCUCGUCCUUGUGCACAUGGGCAUCAUGUCAGUGAUGGGGAUCUCUGUGCUACGCUGCAUCCGCCUGCUGCGCCUGCUCAAAGUCACACGUUACUGGACCUCUCUCAGUAAUCUCGUGGCGUCCCUCUUGAAUUCGGUUCGCUCCAUCGCCUGCCUGCUGCUGCUCCUCUUCCUCUUUAUUGUCAUCUUCUCUCUGCUCGGCAUGCAGGUGUUUGGAGGAAAGUUCAACUUUCCCAACCAGCUGAAACCUCGCAGCUCUUUCGACAGCUUCCCUCAGGCCCUCAUCACCGUCUUCCAGAUCCUGACAGGUGAGGACUGGAACACCGUCAUGUAUGAUGGCAUCAUGGCUCAUGGAGGACCGAGCAUGCCCGGCAUCCUUGUCAGCAUUUACUUCAUCAUUCUUUUCGUCUGCGGAAACUUCAUCCUGCUGAACGUAUUCUUGGCGAUUGCUGUGGAUAAUCUGGCUGAAGCUGAGUCACUGACUUUGGCUCAGAAAGAAAAAGCAGAGGAGCAGAAACGUAAGAAGGCUCUCAGAGCCAACAUGCCGGACAAAGCUUCAGAGGAGAAAGCAAACCUGGCUAAGAAGUUAGCUGAGCAGCGAGCGAAGGGCGUGGAGGGCAUUCCAACUACAGCCAAGCUGAAAAUCGACGAGUUUGAGUCCCAUGUGAACGAGAUCAAAGACCCGUUUCCUCCGGCAGACUUUCCAGGUGAUGAUGAAGAGGAGGACCCUGAGAUCCCGGAUAGUCCCCGACCUCGUCCUAUGGCGGACCUGCAGCUGAAAGAGGAGGCCGUGCCGAUGCCUGAGGCCAGCUCAUUUUUCAUCUUUGGACCUCAGAACAAGUUCAGAAAGCUGUGCCAUCGUAUCAUCAAUGCGACCACCUUCACCAACAUCAUCCUCCUCUUCAUCCUGCUCUCCUCCGUCUCUCUGGCUGCUGAGGAUCCCAUCGACCCCAUGUCCUUCAGGAACCAGGUGUUGGCGUACGCUGACAUCGUCUUCACCUCCGUGUUCACAGCAGAGAUCGUUCUGAAGAUGACGACGUACGGAGCCAUCCUUCAUACCGGUUCAUUCUGCAGAAACUCGUUCAACAUCCUCGACCUGCUGGUGGUCAGCGUGUCGCUGCUGUCCAUGGGCAUGGAAUCCAGUGCCAUCUCUGUGGUGAAGAUCCUCAGGGUGCUGAGGGUGUUGAGGCCUUUAAGGGCGAUAAACAGAGCCAAGGGACUGAAGCACGUGGUUCAGUGUGUGUUUGUGGCUGUGAAGACGAUCGGAAACAUCGUUCUGGUGACGAUGCUGCUCGACUUCAUGUUCGCCUGUAUCGGAGUUCAGCUCUUCAAAGGGAAGUUUUACUCAUGCACAGAUCCAGACCAGAUGACCGAGGAGACCUGCAGAGGCUGGUUCAUUAGGUACCAGGAGGGGGCGCUGCACGAGAUGGAGCUCCAUCAGAGACGCUGGACCAACUCGGAGCUGAAUUUUGACAACAUCCUAAAUGGCAUGCUGGCCCUGUUCACCAUCUCCACCUUCGAGGGUUGGCCGAGACUCCUGUAUAAAGCCAUAGACUCUAACCUGGAGGACAAAGGUCCUGUGUACGACAACAGAGUGGCCAUCUCCAUCUUCUUCAUCGUCUACCUCAUCCUCAUCGCCUUCUUCAUGAUGAACAUCUUCGUCGGCUUCGUCAUUGUCACCUUCCAGGAGCAGGGAGAGCAGGAGUACAAGAACUGCGAGCUGGACAAGAACCAGCGUCAGUGUGUGCAAUACGCUCUGAAGGCCCGCCCUCUUAGGUGUUACAUACCCAAGAACCCGUAUCAGUACCAGGUGUGGUAUAUCGUCACUUCCUGUUACUUUGAGUACCUGAUGUUCCUGCUCAUCAUGCUCAACACCAUGUGUCUGGGGAUGCAGCACUGUAACCAGUCGGAUCACGUCACUCACCUGUCCGACAUGCUGAACGUGAUCUUCACGGUCCUCUUCACUGUGGAGAUGAUCCUGAAGCUCAUGGCGUUCAAAGCAAAGGGUUACUUUGGAGACCCGUGGAACGUGUUCGACUUCGUCAUCGUUAUUGGGAGUGUGGUGGACGUCAUUCUGAGCGAGAUCGAUGCAGCUCUGGCCUCCUCUGGAGGACUUUACUGUCUCCACGGCUGUGCUGCUGUGGAUCCCAUGCAGGCCAUCGCGUCCUCAGAAAACAUGAGUGUUUCCGUGACUUUCUUCCGGCUGUUCCGUGUGAUGCGUUUGGUGAAACUUUUAAAUCGAUCUGAGGGCAUCAGGAAUCUUCUGUGGACCUUCAUCAAGUCCCUGCAGGCUCUUCCAUAUGUGGCGCUUCUCAUCCUCAUGUUGUUCUUUAUAUAUGCUGUGGUUGGAAUGCAGAUAUUUGGUAAAAUUGCGUUGGUUGACGGAACAUACGUCAACAGGAACAACAACUUUCAGACGUUCCCACAGGCGGUGCUGCUGCUGUUCAGGUGUGCGACAGGUGAGGCGUGGCACGAGGUCAUGUUAGCAAGUAUGUACGGCAAGAAGUGUGACCCAAAAUCAGAUUAUCUUCCCGGAGAGGAGAACACCUGUGGCUCCAACUUCGCCAUCAUCUACUUCAUGAGUUUCUACAUGCUGUGUGCAUUCCUGAUCAUUAACCUGUUUGUGGCCGUCAUCAUGGAUAACUUUGACUACCUGACUCGUGAUUGGUCGAUCCUCGGUCCUCAGCACCUGGAUGAGUUUAAGAAGAUCUGGGCGGAGUACGACCCUGAGGCCACGGGGCGUAUUAAGCACCUUGAUGUGGUGACUCUCUUGCGUAGGAUUCCUCCUCCUCUGGGUUUUGGAAAGUUUUGUCCACAUCGAAUCGCCUGCAAGAGGCUGGUGUCUAUGAACAUGCCCCUGAACAGUGACGGCACAGUUACCUUUAACGCCACGCUGUUCGCUCUGGUCAGAACGGCUCUGAAGAUCAAGACUGAAGGAAACUUUGAACAAGCUAACGAGGAGCUCCGAGGGAUCAUCAAGAAGAUCUGGAAACGAACCAGCAUGAAACUCCUGGACCAGGUCAUCCCACCAAUCGGAGACGAUGAGGUGACAGUGGGAAAGUUCUAUGCCACCUUCCUGAUCCAGGAUUAUUUCAGGAAACUGAAGAAGAGACAGGAGGAGUACUAUGGUUGCCGACCCACCAAGAACAAUGCCACAAAUGAGAUUCAGGCCGGUCUGAGGAACAUCGAGGAGGAAGCAGCUCCUGAACUUCACAGAACGAUCUCUGGAGACCUGGUCACCGAGGAGGAGAUGGAGCGAGCCAUCGAUGAAGCUACUGACACCAUCUUCAGGAGGCAGGGCAGUCUGUUUGGGAACACUGAGCCGUUUCCUGGAGACACAACCCAGGACACAAACCAGAGGCCCCUGCAGAUGACUGAGGGAAACCCCAACAACAGAGCACAUCGAGACAGUCUUUAUUAAAGUGUGAGGAGCUGAUCUCUGAUUGGACGACCUGAUAGAUAUGAACUCUUCCUGUUGAAAUAUUUCAAAUAAAAAUCUGUGAAAUGC